AUGAUGGCUAAACUGACGUAUUUUGUGAACCAAAAGAUAGAUUUGGUAGCCCAGAAGGACUUGGAUGUGCUUAGUGAGGUAGUUGGUAGCAAGUUGGCUGUUCAAGUGGCUAAAAAUGGGAUUAAAGAUGGGUGCCGGAUUAAGCAGGAGGUGGAGAGAGCAGUUAGUGAGGAGUUAGAGUGCGUGGUUUUGGCCGAUUCAGAUAGGUGCUGUGUGGACUGGGUAGCUGUAACUCAUGCCGAUGCUGAUGUUCUUCUGAAAGCUUCAUUUUCAUGUCCGUUAUUGAAUAGUAGUCGAAGUGCUAAACUAAAACGGGUCGUGCGAGUUAUGCAGUACUUACCCUCCGUACAGUUGGAUUGCCAGGAGUUGCUGGACCCAAAAUACGCUGGGGUUUGGUCUAAACACUGGCCAGACUUAUCCUUCUAUUUAGCAGUUGAUUCGCAUUAUUUAGCUGGACAGAUAGAGAUAGCAGCUUGCUUGACCCACUUAAUGGGCCGGCCGGUCCGGCUUUGGACUUACAACGAGGAAAUUGUCAAAGAGGCGGCUGUAGUAGUAGUGGUGGCUAAGGACCCCGGGUUUAUUGAGUACUUUAAGGAGAACUAUACUGCGGCGAUUUUAAGUGCAGCCAAUUGGACUUCCUUAUCAGUCCUAGAGAGUCAGUUGCAAGCGGAGUUGACACAAGCCGAACUGACUAAAACCAGGAAGAUGGUUAGUAAGUUGGCCUUAGCCGAACGAAUUCAAGCCGCACGCACAGUUGGAAUUGUGUUUACAUCGGGCGAUCAUAUGGCAUUAGUUGAUAUUAUUGCCAAGUACUUAGAUAUGCACCAAAAGAAGUUCUACCACUUCUUUAUCAAUGGACUUAAGCCGCAGAAGCUUGGUAACUUUAUUGGGGUUGAUUUGUUUGUAGUAAUUCAGUGUCCGUUUUCUAGCUUUCGGUUUGAAGAGAACAUUGUGGCUGUGCGGCCUUAUGAUCUUCUGUUGGCCUUCCGCCAGCAUUGGGAUGGUACCUACACCACUAACUUAGAAGCUGCCCACGAUCAGAUUCUCAUGGAGAUUCAGGCCGUCACUGAUUCCGAUACUACCCCUACUGAUUCCGAGACUAUCCCUACUGAUACCAAAACCAACCCAAUACUAGCCCAAGACAAAAGUAAUAGUGAGAGUCAAACAAGUCAGGCUUUGCAGAUUAAAAGCGAGUACAACCUUUUGCGAAUCCAGCCCGGGGAAGUUUGUACUCAAGAACAGGCUGCGCGGUACUUCCAAACCGGUGAGUACUUGAAAACACUCCAGGGCUUAGGUGUGCCCGAAACAGCUGAGCAAGAGUCGUUAAACAACACCCUGAUGGAGGGCUACUCAGGGAUUCCCACCAGUUACACGAAAGGCAAGUAA